CAAAUAGGCUAUCUUAUUCUACUGACCUUGUUUGUCAUACUCUCUUCUUUGCUCGAUACACAAUGUUCAAAAAGUAACUUCGUAACGAAACAAAUUUAUUCUAUUAGGUUCAACGAAAAAGAAUCAGUUUCUUCUGUAAAUACUGCCAAGAAUUCCGUGUCAAAGUCAAUUAAGUCCAAAGUUACUGAGAACUUUGAAUGUGCGAAGGAAUAUCUCGACAAGAUUUUACCAAAGAAGGAGCCCCUUAAGUGGCUUAAAUGUCAUGAUCACAUUGAUCUGUUUGCUGAUCCUUCUGGUGAAGUAUUAUUCUUCCGUCAACGUGAUGGUCCUUUUGUACCCACACUGAGGUUGUUGCACAAAUAUCCAUUUCUAUUACCUCAACUUCAGGUUGAUCGUGGUGCUAUUAAGCACGUUUUGAAUGGAUCGAAUAUUAUGUGCCCAGGUUUGACGUCACCAGGGGCAAAAUUGUGUAAGGUUCCAGCAAAUACAGUUGUGUCAAUAAUGGCAGAGGGAAAAGAACAUGCCGUUGCUGUUGGAAUCACAACCAUGUCUACUGAUGAAAUGCUUGAUGUCAACAAGAAUAUUGGUGUGGAAACUUUGCAUUACCUCAAUGAUGGCUUGUGGCUAAUGAAAUUCGUUCGAUAA